GAAGGCAAUAGGAGCCUUGGUGGCCCCUCCCCUGACUUCCCAUUGCAUGUCCUAAGGAGGCACCACUGUUAGUUGGCUCCGUCACUGGUGACAUAAAGUGUGACAACUUGGUCAAAGGGAAACCCAGAGAUCUUUCCAUUUAAUAGUUCCGCUGCCUUGCCUUCUCAACCAAACCUGCUCCAAGUCUCUGUCCAGGAGCUCCCAGGAAGGCUUACAGGCGCCGCCCUGUCCCCAGGGCGGGUGUUCUGUGGCUCAGGCCCCUUUCCCUCAUUUCUCUUUGCAUUUCCCUUUGGACAUGUCCCUCGGGUCCUAGCUGCAGGAACCCGGCUCAGCACUUAUUCUGUCCUGCUCCCAUGCCCACAGGAGACAGACAUGUCUCAGAAAAGCUUGAGGGUGACAGUGGUAAGUGCCAGGGAGAACCCAGGGUGGGGAGCUACCGAGUCUGGGAGAGGUGCAGGGCAGGCCUGACGGAAGCUUGGCCCUCCCGACAGCACAUGGACAUCUCAGGAAGGGCCACGCGCGGCUGGCUGUUGCUCUUGUCCAUCGAGACUGCCCAGGUGUGGCCCCGAGGACACAUGGCAGCUGCUCUGUGCCACAGCCACUGGCUACUGUCGCCCCUGCUGUAGGGAGAGGCCAAGCCAGGCACGGGGGCAGCAGACAGGCGAGGGCCAGGGCUGGGAAGCUGAACGGAGGCCGGGCUGGGCAGCCAGCAGCGGGGAGGAGAAUCCAGCUUCUGAGCACGGGGAGCUGGGCAGGAGAGAGCCUGGACUCAGACCGGGGUGCCUGACACCCAGAGAGGGGUGCACCCCACAGGGCUCAGGAGCAUGGCUGGCCCAAGGGUGGACAUCAGGGGUCACUGCAGGCAGAACUCACAGGGAUUAAAGGGUGUCCGCAGGGCAGAGGACCUGGAGCUGCCCCAGGCUUGGCCUCAUCCUUCAGGCUCUCCCUGGUGACCCAAGGAGAGAAAGGGGGCCGGACUCAGCUGCAGUCCACACUCUCCUGAGAUUUAAGACUGUAGAUCAGGGCCAGCCAAUGAGGGCACGGCCACAGCCUCGUUCCCUGAGGUCCAGGAGGCCCUGGACAGUGUCAUGAGUGCAGGUCGGAGGCUGAGGACAUCCAGGACGCAGCGGCUCUAGGCAGUCCAGUCAAGACUUCUGUGGUGGUGGCAGGUGAGAGGACACGGGGUGGCAGGGACACUUCUCACAGUCUCACAGACUUGGACAGUCAGACCCAGAGGAUGUCGAUGGUGUCUUACCACAUCCGCCAGUACCAGGAACGGGACCACAAGCGGGUCGUGGACUUGUACUCGGAGACCAUCGCCGAACUCGCCCUCACCGGCUCGCACCGCCUGCUGAAGCUGCCCCGCACCAUGGCGCUGCUCCUCGGAGGGCCCCUGGCCGUCCUCCUCCUCACUGGCUCCUGGCUUCUGACCCUCCUGGCCGGCCUCUUGCUCUUCGCUGCCCUACAGUACUUUGGCAAGGUCCCUUGGCUGCAGUUCAAAGUCAUGGCUUUGAACAGCGACAUGUCUGACAUCAGCAAAUACUACCUGAGCGGGCCGGGCUCCUGCUUCUGGGUGGCCGAGUCCCAGGGCCGGGUGGUGGGCACGGUGGGGGCUCUGCCCGUGAAGGAGCCCGCCCUGAGCAGGGAGCACCUAGAGCUCUUCCACCUGUGCGUGGACUCCACGUACCGAGGCCAGGGCAUAGCCAAGGCCCUGGUGAGGACUGUGCUCCAGUUCGGGCAGGACCACGGCUACCGAGCAAUUGUCCUCAGCACCAGCUCAGUGCAGUACGCAGCCCUGGGCCUCUACCAGCGCCUGGGGUUCCGCAAGACCCAGGAGUACUUCUAUUCUUUGACCUGGAGACUAAACGCCAUCCCUUUUGUUAGACUUGUUUAUUACUUUCCCUCUGCCCCGGUCUCCCAGAGGUCUAGGUAGAGAGACCUCGUGUUCUGGAACGGCAGAUCAGAGAAUAAGGGAACCUGAAAUAAUCGCUUAGCUAAUAAAAAUGGUGUAAGCAUUGCAUUCGCUCCUGAGUCCGAGGCACAUUGGGCGGUCGCUUGGGUCUUGGUAGUUUUCUGGUACACACAUCAGGGUUUGUGGGGUGAUAGCCUU